ACACAGUGGUUGCGCGAUAACUAAAGCGUUUGAAAAAAAUAUAUAUAUACAUAGUUAAAAAGUUCGGUGGUUGUGAAGUUGGUCCGGUCGCGCGGAAGAGUUGCAUAGUUUCGUGGUGUGUGUCGGUGGUACGGACGGAAAAUGAGUUCAGCAAACCAAGAAAGUUGUAUUUGAAAACUUGAUAAAAGUUAUUUAAAUAAUUAUGUUUACUUAUAACGAUAUGAUAAAAUUAAAAUAAGUGAGUGUGGUGGCGAGUUGAAAAAAAAAAAGAAUAAAUAUAAAUAAAUAAAAAUAAAUUGAUAAGUGUGACGACGGACUGGAUAAGGAAUGGUUGAAUGGGAUGUUUGAGAUUGUUUUAAAAUUUUGAAAGUGAAAUUCGUACGUUUCCUUAGAAAGUUCGGUGCGGGUUCGAAGGAAGCAACUCAAGCCGACUCAAUUUUGAUUUGACGAUAAUAUAAUCGCACGCAGCGGGUCACUGUGCAAAUGUAUAAUGUUCAAAUUGUGCGGUAAAUAAAACAUUCACACACACAGUGUUUUUAUCUCUAUUGCAAACAACCAAGUUUAAAAAUAGCCAGCCAACUAUUUAUUAGUAAAGUGUUAAAUCACGUGAAAUAAGAAUAAUUAUCGUCUCUGCACUAAAAAAUUCGGAUUACACAAAGCUGUACCGUACACGCAGUGUACCCACUGUUGGAUUUUUAAACACAUGAUUAUCCUGGAGGUUCGGUGAGGGAGGAGGCCGGCCAUGCGCCUCGGCCUGGCUCUGCUGCUGGUCGCGCUGUCCUGUAGCCUGCGGAGCCUCCCGUGCGCCUGCCAGCCGUCCACCGGGUCCUUCAACCGGACGGCCGAAGGGGCGCACGACAGCGGGCCGCCGCCGCCCUCCGACCUGGACGACAGGGCGGACGGCUACCGAGCGCCCACCAACGACCUAGACGAUGGCAGCGACGAAAACGAGACGGCCGCCGUCAGACGGUACGCGAUGGCGGCCCCGGAGCCGGAUGAGGAGAACGGGAGCUUCGUCACGGAUCGCAGGACGAACGAGGCAGACAGGAUGACCAAUCUGACGUCGUUGAACCACAAGACUGAGAAGUCGGCAAAGAAGAAGACGUUGACCGUCGGCUUUUUGCCGGCGAUUAAGGGUAAGGCGAAGGACAGGCAGGGACUUCAGGUAGCCGGCGCCAUCAAAAUGGCCCUCGAUCAGAUCAACAGUGAUCCGGAUCUUUUGCCGAACGUAACUCUAGUCCUGAAGUGGGAAGAUACCAAAGGUGAAACGGUGGUCGCCACAAGAGCUAUGACUGACAUGAUUUGUGAAGGGGUUGCCGCCUUUUUUGGACCUGAAGGCUCUUGUCAUGUUGAGGCUAUUGUUGCGCAGUCGAGAAAUAUACCAAUGAUCAGUUAUAAAUGUUCUGACUCGACAGCAUCCGAAGUGCCGACCUUCGCAAGAACUGAACCGCCGGAUACGCAGGUGGUGAAGUCACUGGUCGCCUUGAUGACGUACUACAAGUGGAAGAAGUUCACGAUCGUGUACGAGGUGGAGCAGAAGAACGUAAUGGAGUCCUUGAAAAAGGAAGGCAGAAAAAUGAACAUGACUAUUAAUGACGAGAUCAGAACUGACGACAAAUAUAAUUGCUGCCAGUUGAAAUUGAAAUGUUGCUCUGGUGGAGUUUGGUACCAGAUUAUACAGGAGACGAAAAAUAGGACUAGAAUUUACGUGUUUUUGGGACGUUCAGGAUCAUUAGUUGACUUUAUGGACGCCAUGCAAACUGCUAAAAUGUUCGAGAACGGAGAGUAUUUUGUUAUUUCGGUCGACACCAACAUCUAUUAUGAACGAGAAGUGAAUAAAUAUAUUUGGAAAAACGAAAUUACCGGGCAGUACAAGAACUGUGAAAAUCUCCCGGACUACCAAAGCCACGUGAAACGAUGCAAGUCUCUGUUCGUAGUACUACCAACAGCUCCGGUACAAAACUAUCAAAGUUUUAUCGAGGAAGUGCGUAAUUACUCGGGAAAGGAACCUUUUAAUUUCACCACAUCACCGUCUUUGAGUACGUUUCAACGAUAUGUACCAUUAAAUGCUGCUUAUCUGUACGAUUCGGUUAUGCUGUACGCGCAUGCUUUACACUAUUUGCUGGCGGGCCAGGAAAUUUUGAACGACCAAGUGAUUGACAAAGUGGCGAAUAACGGCACCAAAAUUAUCGAGACGAUCAUCAACAUCAACAAAACGUACCAAAGUGUGAUAGGCACGACGAUGAAACUGGACCGCAACGGCGAUUCCGAGGGCAACUUCUCGGUGCUGGCCUUCACCAACGAAGAAAUCCACACGCAGACCAGAGUCGCACACAACACGUUCUCCUGCUCGUUCCAGCUGAAGCCGGUCGGUCAGUUUUUCCAGAACACCGCUAGCGAUGCUUUUCCAACGUACAGGAUUAAUUUGAACACGACGAUCGAAUGGCCCGGCAAGGACAAGCCGAACGACGAGCCCAGUUGCGGCUUCAACAACGAACUGUGCCCGAAACCGAACACCCACCUGAACAGCAUCAUCGCGGCCGGUGUGCUGGGCAUCGUGCUGUUCUGCGCCGGCGUGAUCACCAUGAGCAUCUACCGGAAGUGGAAGAUCGAACAGGAGAUCGAGGGUUUGCUGUGGAAGAUCGACAAGGAGGAGAUCCAGAGCUAUUUCGAACGCGACAUAGUCUCCAGUCCCAGCAAACAAAGUUUGGUGAGCGCAAUCUCCUACGAGUCUAGGGCGGGAUUGCAGGUGUUCGCGUCCACCGCCCAAUACAGGGGCGUGGUUGUGAGGAUUAAGACGUUAACGUUCUCCAGGAAGAAGGACAUAUCAAGGGACGUUAUGAAGGAGAUGAGGUUGCUUCGGGAGUUGCGACACGACAAUGUCAACUCGUUCAUAGGGGCUUGCGUCGAGCCCACCUCCCUGCUACUAGUCACUGAUUAUUGUGCCAAAGGAAGUUUAUAUGAUAUUAUAGAGAAUGAAGAUAUUACGUUGGACAAGAUGUUUCUUGCUUCACUAGUUCAUGAUCUCAUUAAAGGCAUGUUGUAUAUACACAAUUCAAUGCUGAUCUGCCAUGGGAAUUUGAAAUCCUCGAACUGUGUUAUAACAAGUCGUUGGGUGCUUCAAGUGACCGACUUCGGGUUGUUAGAAAUGAGGCAGUGUGCUGAAAAUGAUAGUAUAGGUGAUCAUCAGUAUUUUAGAAGUUUAUUUUGGAAGGCUCCUGAGAUAUUACGGGACCCAAAUGUUUAUGUUAGAGGUUCUCAGAAAGGUGAUGUUUACGCGUUUGCUAUAAUACUUUACGAAAUUAUUGGAAGGAAGGGACCAUUCGGAUGUACAUACGAACCAAAAGACAUAAUAGAGCUAGUGAAAAAGUAUCCGGGCGAAGGCGAAGAACCGUUCAGACCGAACAUCGACUUGCUAAUGGAUUCCGACAUGGGCUGUGACGAUUAUGUGCUGCAGGUGAUUAAGGAGUGCUGGGCAGAAAAUCCGGAUGACCGGCCUGAAUUUGCAGUAAUACGAUCCAAAUUGAAGAGAAUGAAAGACGGAAAGAAUAAAAACAUAAUGGACCAAAUGAUGGAUAUGAUGGUGACCUACGCCAAUCGCCUCGAGGAUCUCGUCGGUGAAAGAACAAGGUUGCUCAUUGAGGAGAAGCAGAAAACUGAGGAUUUACUUCAUAGAAUGUUACCUAAACCGGUGGCGGAAAAAUUGACGUGCGGUCACGGCGUGGAGCCGGAAUCAUUCGAUUCGGUAACAAUAUACUUCAGCGACAUCGUAGGUUUUACGGCGAUGUCCGCUGAGAGCACACCGUUGGAAGUGGUUAAUUUCCUAAAUGAUCUCUAUACAGUAUUCGACCAAAUUAUCAAAGGCUACGACGUGUACAAGGUGGAGACGAUCGGCGAUGCGUACAUGGUGGUGUCGGGACUUCCGAUCAGGAACGGCGAGAAACAUGCGGGAGAAAUCGCCUCCAUGGCCCUCGAUCUUCUGGCCGCUGUGAACAAUUCCAGGAUCACGCACAAACCCAAGGAGACGCUCAAACUCCGCAUCGGGAUUCAUACUGGACCCGUGGUGGCGGGAGUUGUGGGCUUGACGAUGCCGCGUUACUGCCUCUUCGGAGACACCGUAAACACGGCGUCCAGAAUGGAGAGCAACGGGGAACCACUUAAAAUUCACAUUAGCGUGCAAUGUAAAGAAGCUUUAGACAAACUAGGCGGGUAUAUCAUAGAAGACAGGGGAAAAGUCAACAUGAAAGGUAAGGGUGAGGUGCAGACGUACUGGUUGACGGGUGCCAACGAACUGGCGGUGCAGAGGCGGGAAGUCGACCUCGGUCACGACCCGCCUUUGUUCUGCAGACCCAGGAAAAGUCCCAAGUUGAACAACGAGUCCAGACAUCCAUCCAUAAUCGGCGGAUUUGGCGGGAUGAAUAGCAGGAGACACUCCAGCGUACCCAGAGGAACAAGCAUAGAAGUGGAAAGUACGUCUACCCUACAAAAUUCGAGUCCGGUACCGUCGCGCCACUUAAAAGUCAACCGUCACAAUUUAACCGUUCCAGACACGGUGGGCUCGAAGCUAACGAUAAACACCGCGUUCGACAGCCAACUGAUCGAGGUGCCGGAAGAGUCGCGCAAAGGACUGAGACCGCGACGGGUGCUCUCAAGCAUCGCGUCCAGCUCCGACGAGCACAAGAGUCAGGGCAUGCUGAACCGCAUCAGAGAGUCGAGGAGCUUAGAUCCGCUGCCCCUGGCCAAGAUCAAGCAGCUGGACGUGGCGCCCGUCAUUAACAUGCCGCGCAGCACCAAAAGCCUGGACAAUUGCGAGAAUUGCGGCGACGUGCAGAUCAUCGCCAUACCGGAGGACAAGCUGUUGAACAACAACUUCCCGAACGGGAAUGUGACGCGGCACGAGGACAACAGCUGGCUGGAGGACGUGGAGGUGCCGCUGCUGAAUCCGACGCAGCAGAAGCAGAUCAGUGUGCGCAGGAGGGGUGGGAGCACGUUCAACGACUGCUUUGAGAAUGACACCUCGAACAAAAAAUGGCGGUCACUGGAGUCUGUACCAGCAUCUUGCAAUACCUUCCUAGAGCCUCAGAGGAAAAAGGUCCCGUUUAAAAGUUGGUUGCACGGGUUGUUUAGAGGUAACGGUUUGAAGUCUAGCAACUCGUCGCUGCGACGAGGUGUGUUGAAUGAGUUCAGUAAUCUACAGCCGGAAACUGAGAGUAUUGUAUAACUGGUGUAAUAUUAUUAUUGGAGAUUUUCUCAGUCGUGUUUUUAGUCGUCUAUGUGUCAGGUGUUGUAGGUACUAAAAUUAAAAUGGAUGUUGUCCCUACAAAUGUGCUGGAUAUUUUGUGGCGAAUUGGUUGUAUAGAGCAGAAUUGCUCAAUCGAGUAUGGCAGUAUAAUUGUAUGGGACAAGUGAUUAAUAAAGGAGUUACUUAAUUAAUUAAAACUAAAUAUUACACCUCAAGAUAUUACUGAAUGUAAUAUUAAUUCUAAUUAGGUAACAAAGAUGUUUAAUGUAAAUGGAAACUAGUCUAUAUAGAUUAAAUAAAUGUUAGAGAAAAGUCAUAUAUAUUUUUUUCAUACAGUAAACUUACUUUGUAUUUUUUUAUUUCUGACUAAGUGUAUAAUAAACUUGCAUUUAAUCUGUAAAAAGUUUAGUUUUGGUCAUUAAAGAACGUCGUUCAUAUCCAUGUCAACCAUGGAUAAAAAUAAAUCUAAUAUUCUCUGAUCAUGACAAGUACACUGUCGAAACAAAAGUAAUGUCAUGAACAUAUUUCAUUCAGUCUUUGAAGUUAGAGCUAGAAGCAAAAAUAUUUUCAGAAUAUAAAUGUUUAAUAUAAGGAAUUUGUUUUACUUUUCAUGGAUUUCAAAAUGUUUUCCCACAUUGUCAAAAAUUACAUUAAUGUUUUGAAAUCCCAAUCAGCAGAAAUUUUAAUGUCGAUGUUAGUUUCGAGAUUAGAUUUAGACGAGGAAAGGUACAAAAAUAUGGAAAAAUCGUCUAGUUGUUUUGUAGAUUAUUUUAAAUAUAUUUUACUUUAUUAUAUAAUUUAUUUAUUGUUUUUAAGUUAAUCCAUAUUAAUUCCUGGUAAGUCUGGAACGAUUUCUACCAUUUUAUAAUCCAGUCGUUACGUUUAAUCAAUUUCCAUAUUUUCGUACGAUGAUGUUACCAUUUUUUAGAUAAACAUUAUGGAAACUAUUGUGAUUAUUUGUUUUGUAAAUUCAAAAACUUUAUUUUUUUAAUUGCUGCUACAUAUAAGAACAAAAAUGUAUUUUCUUACCCCGUGUCUAUAUGCGAUCAAUUUGGAAUAUUGUGAGUGUAUUCUAUCCAGUGUUACUACUUAAAUCUAUAAUAAUAACGCCACUGACAAUAUUCCAAGUUGAUUAGCUGCGUCCCAGCACUUUAGCCUACGUAAUUUAAAUAUUGGAUGCACUCAUCUUCGUCCUUUUCAUUUAUUUUAGUUGAAAUUAGAUAAUAAAAGCAGCGCAAAAUAAUAACAGGUAAAAAAAUGAUCUGGCCAAAAUAUUUUAAGUGAUUUAGAAUGGAUGGAUGAGAAUGGAAGUCAGAAUUAUGUUUAGAGGCUGUGAAUAUUAUCUAUAAUUGUAUAUAUAUAUAUCGACUAUUUUGUUUUCCUUGGAAGAAUUUCAAAUCUUUCACACUAUUAUAAUAGAUGUGCCAUUAACUUAUCAAGUUUAUGUAUAUUACAGUACGCAUGUAAAUAUGUUAUUGUAGGUAUUGUUUGAUAAAUACACAUAUUUAUUUAUUA